CUGACGGAGAAAACCGAAUUGGAACGAGUUUAGGCGAGCGGUCAAUUACUCUGUUGUAGUCGCCAUUUUAUCGGAAAAUUAUCGGUGAUCGGUUGAUCGUGAUUCAACACGAUAUAACGCGACCUGCUCAUUAUUCUCGUCUAAAGACUGGUUACCCUUAAAAAAAGUCGGGUCUGAGUUCCCCCCAUAAAAGUUCGCGAAGCCCAAAUGGCUUGCCUGAACACCCUUAAACAAGAGAUCAAAACCCUCGAGUCUGUCUUCCCCAAGAGCCAUGAGAGGUUUCAAAUAAUGUCCGCGAGUGUGGACGAACUCAGUUGCAGGUUCGUGGGAAAAAAUGGCAAGAAAUAUGAAAUUCACGCCAAUAUCACAGAAACUUAUCCUUCAACCCCGCCAGUGUGGUUCGCCGAAUCUGAGGAAACCAGUGUCACGAAUGCGGUUCAAAUAUUGAGCAACACGACUGGACGUGACAAUCACGUCAUUAACCAGGUAGGAAUACUUUUGAAAGAAUUGUGCCGCCUACAUUCCCUACCAGAACCACCAGACGUUGAACGUCUUAGAACAGCUUUGGAUCCCCUUCGUUUGGGAGCGACAGCUUCGGUGCCACAGAGGAUGGAAGCGGAGGACACUGAAGACCUUGACGAUGACGAAGAAAGUGAAGCCGAGGAAGACCUUCACCUCGAUAUGGAUGAAGGCGAGACCAACGCUAAAAGCAAAGGAGAAGAAAUGGCGUUGGAACACCUAGCGACUUUAGAGAGGUUGAGACAAAACCAGAGACAAGAUUACUUAAAGGGUUCCGUUUCUGGCAGCGUUCAAGCUACAGAUAGACUUAUGAAAGAAUUGCGCGAUAUCUAUCGAAGUGAUAGCUUUAAAAAAGGCAUGUACAGCAUAGAACUAGUUAAUGACAGUCUCUAUGAAUGGAAUAUUAAACUAAUGUGUGUGGAUCCUGAUUCGCCUCUGCACAAUGAUCUCGUACUUCUUAAAGAAAAAGAAGGAAAAGACAGUAUUUUACUCAACAUGCUUUUUAAGGAAACGUAUCCUUUCGAGCCUCCAUUUGUACGAGUGGUGCACCCCAUUAUUUCUGGCGGAUAUGUCCUACUGGGAGGAGCCAUAUGCAUGGAGCUGUUGACAAAGCAGGGCUGGAGUUCGGCCUACACGGUUGAGGCCCUCAUCAUGCAAAUAUCCGCAACAUUAGUCAAAGGCAAAGCCCGAAUUCAGUUCCCCGGUACUACAGGCAGCGGAAAAGUCUGUGGCGGACAAGGACAGUACAGUCUCGCUCGAGCACAGCAGUCCUUCAAGUCCCUUGUCCAAAUACAUGAAAAGAAUGGCUGGUUCACACCGCCCAAGGAAGAUGGCUAAUAAAACUUAAAAACAAUGAUGGUCGACGAAAGGACGAGUGGUGGCAAUAGAAUUGAUUCGGUGUGUGCCCAUAAAAAAAAUAAAUAAUUUUAACAUUACAAAAAAAUUUGAUACGCAGACACAUUUAUUGUAGGUAAAAAUGUGUGAUGGACGCAAUUACGCGUAUGAAAAGGAAAACAAGAAGAAAAUAAUUUUAUCGUGCUUCCCCACAAGAAUUUUACCCUUUUUUUUAUUGAAAAAAAAGAAAAGAAAAGCAAAAAUUAAUCAACCAAAUCGGUUAUUUUCGAAACAAUGUUUCUUCAAAAUAAGAAGUUGUUAAUUUUUUUUUGCCGAGUAAUUUAAUUUUCCAGGGGGAUCAGACGGAUAGUUUUAUAGUUCUAUAUUAGUGUACAAUUUAAAGGUUUGUAAACAAUCGACGACUGAAAAAUGGUUGCAUUUUCUUUUUUACAGUAUCAAAACAUAGAUCAUUCACUUUCAAAUACUUGAGCAGCUUUUUAUUUUUAUUUUUUGGCGGAUUUUUUCUUUUUUUUAAUAAGCGACGUUUUCCAUUUACUAUUCUUUAAGGAACUGUUCUUUUCUUUUUCGAAAUUUUCAAGAAAAUGUUACUUUAAGUGUUAACUUUUAAAAUUCUUGCGAAAUAUUUUGAUUUAAUGCUAAAAAUUUUAAAAAUGCCUUGAAGGAGUAAUUUUUUUCCACUCAAUGCUUAGAGAAACUUUUCUAAAUUACUUCUAAACGUGAAGAAAAUUUUUUUUUAGAAUAGUAACCGGAGAAAUUCUUUUGUAAUUCUGGGCAAAUUUUUAAGAUUAUUGAAAUAUUUCUUCAAUCUUGUUUUUGAAAAAGAAAUUUCUUU